AUGGACCUGGCGCGACUGGCACACAGACAUCGCUCAAACACCGCCGCAGAGGGCGAACCCCGGGAGCAUAAGAGGGGCCACGGGAUCCACCUCCCAUCCACUAUCUCCAACGUUCUGCAGCUGCACCUCGAACCUCACUUCCCAUCCCCCCUUCUCAGGAUACACCAUCGCGGCGACGACUCCACCGACUGCUCUACCGCCCGCAGGAACACCCCGAUCCCAUCCGCAAGAAAGUCCAUCGGCUUCAAGUGGCGGGAGUUACAUGGCGCCCAUGACUGGGACGGCCUCCUGGAGCCCUUACAUGAGUGCCUCCGCCACGAGCUCAUCAAGUACGGGGAGCUCACUCAGGCCACGUACGACGCCUUCGACGCCGAGAAGCACUCCCGCUACCGCGGCAGCUGUUUCUAUGGUCGCGACCGUCUCUUUCCGAAGCUGGGCCUCACGCGACAUGGUUACGAGGUCACCAGUUACCUCUACGCCAUGUCCAACAUCGACAUACUCGACUGGGUUGUGCGCCCCGAGGUCGCCGGGCCGUGGAGCACGAAAUCCAACUGGAUGGGUUACGUGGCCGUCAGCAACGCCGAGGAAACCAGUCGGAUUGGCCGGAGGGACAUCGUCGUGGCAUGGCGCGGCACCGUCAGGGUGUCCGAAUGGUACAAGGACGCGCAGAUCCUUUUCAAGCCUCUCCGAGGAGACGCAAAGGUGGAGCAUGGCUUCCUGAGCCUCUACCACGACAAGGAACAGUCCAGCCGCUUCAACGAGGAGAGCGCCUCCGAGAUGGUAAUGAGGGAGAUCAGACGGCUGGUGAAGAUCUACGGCGAGCGGGACGAGGAGGUGAGCUUGACCGUCACGGGGCACAGCCUCGGGGGUGCGCUGGCGCUCCUGAGCGCCCACGAGGCUGCGGCGGCCGCCAUCCCCGGCCUCUCCCACGUCAGUGUCAUCUCCUUCGGGGCCCCACGGGUUGGGAACCGGGAAUUCGUGAAGGAGCUGGAGGAUCGGGGCGUUAAGGUGCUCCGCCUAGUGAACAAGCAGGAUCUGGUACCAAGGAUGCCCGGGGCCGUCUUCAACGAGAAGGUCGGGAAAUUCCUCCACAUGGAUAGGCUCAAGUUGUGGUACGCGCACGCAGGCGUGAAGCUGAAAGUAGAUGCGAGUGUGUCACCGUUCCUGAAGCACCACCCCCACGGUCCCCAGGACUUGGCUGGUUUCCACUGCCUGGAGACGUACCUGCACCUGGUAGACGGGCUCCACAGCCUGCGGGGGGGCUUCCGAAAGGAUGCAAAGAGGGACAUCGCGCUGGUAAACAAGUGGGGGGCGGCGUUGAGGGAUGACCUGCACAUUCCAUCGGGAUGGUUCCAGGCGAGUAUGAAGGAGAUCCAAACCGAUUCCCGCGGCCUGCUGGUGGCGCGCAGGAGGGAGCCCGAGGACGUACCCCAGCCACCGCGCUCUCCCUUGACGGCACCGUGCAACUAA